AUGAAGUUUGAUUGUCAUAAGAUUAACUCACCGUGGCAGAAAGAGUUCAUUGAGGAAAGGUCGUUUGAUCCACCUUAUUGGCCUUCAAUGGCCACAUAUGAUUAUAGGAGCUCAGAAAGAAAACCUACAGAUCAAAGAAUCGUCACAAGGUUUGAAAGAGAGAAUGAGGCCUUCUGUUCGGCAGCACGGACGGUUGAUUCGCCAUUUACUGACGAGAUCCUAAAUGCUCUGAGCCUGAGGAAGUUUUCUAUGCCUGUUUUUAUUCUGUUCGACGGAACAACCGAUCCGAUCGAUCACAUAUAUCACAUUCAGUUGAAGAUGGCACUGAACACAGAGAAUGAUCCCUUGAUAUGCAAAUGUUUUCCUACAAGCUUAGCUGGGCCAGCGCUCAAAUGGUUCAAGAACCUGCCGAGGGGCUUAGUGGACAGUUUCCGUAGUCUGUGUGAUCGAUUCAUAAGCCAGUACUAUGGGAAUAAGCACCCGGCAAAAGAUAUCUUUAGUCUGUUCACUAUGAAGCAGCAUGAGGAUGAGCGUUUCCAAGCCUUUCUUACCAGGUUUAACCUAACUAAGAGCAUGGUGAUAGAGUGCCAUCCUUCUACAGCAGUUCAAGCGUUCAAGUUGGCGAUGACCCGAGGGACACCGUUCCAUACAAGUUUGGUGGUGAACACGCCGAAGACAAUGGACGAGUUGAAUGAGAGAGCUGAUGGUUUCGUGUGUCUGGAAGAGGAGGAAGCAGCUAAUGCUAGGAAGACAUCUAUCAUCUCCACAGAAGAAAAGUCCAAAGCUAAGAUACGGCUGAAGCAAGCUCCGCCGCAGCGUUAA